AUGGGAAUUUGCGGAUCAAAAGAAACUCUGGAACCAGUUUCUAGUGGUCAAUCACAACCAAAAAGACAAGAACAGAAGCAAAGACUUCAAAAUCUGGCCGGUGCAGGUACACAGCAAGAUAAUGGACAAAAAUCACAAUCAUCGAAUUCCACUGAGAUUUCAUCAGAAAAACAAGACAAGGCGGUACAAAAGGCCAAGCCAGCCGCAGGUUCUGUGAGCCUGGAAAAGGAGGUCAAGGUUCUUUUAUUAGGAUCUGGAGAGAGUGGUAAGUCUACGGUUGUCAAGCAAAUGAAAAUUCUCCAUCAAAAUGGAUUCUCCAAGGAAGAAUUGUUCGAGUACAAGCCGUUCGUGUAUAAGAAUGUGUUGGACUGUAUCAAAAAUGUCAUCACAGCCAUCCAGGAAUUGGAACCUAGUCUAAUUAGUGGUGCAACAGAUAAUGGAGAAGUGGCAGAAACCCCUCAAGAAUUCUCUGGUAAAGGAAUUUUGGACAAGGCUGAUAUCGACGACAUAAUGGACUUCGAGUUACCCUUGGAUACCGAGGAGACCUUUGAUAUCGGAAUUGCCCAGAAAAUAACUAAGCUCUACAGCACUCCUGAGGUGCAACACUUUAUUCAAUAUCAGCAGGGAAACUUCUACCUCAUCGAUUCGACAUCAUACUUCCUCUCAGACCUUGACAGAAUUGCCCAACCGAACUAUAUUCCUUCUGUUGAUGACGUUUUGAGGACUAGAAAAAAGACAUCCGGUAUUUUCGAUUUCAACUUCAACAUGGGCUCGGGCCUCAACAUUCACAUGUUUGAUGUAGGUGGACAAAGAUCGGAAAGAAAAAAAUGGAUACACUGUUUCGACAACGUCACCUUGAUAAUCUUUUGUGUUGCUUUAUCCGAAUAUGACCAAGUUCUUCUUGAAGAAAACAAACAAAAUCGACUCAAGGAGUCUCUUGCUCUUUUUGACUCGGUAGUCAAUUCGAGAUGGUUUGCUAGGACAUCGAUUGUUCUCUUUUUGAACAAAAUUGAUGUCUUUGCAAAAAAGCUUCCAUACUCUCCAUUGGAGAACCAUUUCCCUGACUACAAUGGAGGAAAUAAUAUUAACAAAGCAGCAAAAUACAUUUUGUAUCGCUUUAAUCAGGUGAACCGAUCGGGACUCAACAUCUAUCCCCAUGUUACCCAGGCCACUGACACUUCAAAUAUCGAAUUGGUUUUCGCAGCUGUCAAAGAGACUAUUUUGGAAAACUCAUUAAGAGACAGUGGAAUUUUGUGA